CUCCUCACCGGGACUCCCACUACUCUGCCCUUGCUCCCCCACCUCCAGACCCUGCUCCCGAACACAUCUGGCGAAAGUUUACUGUCUCGCAGGAACCAAGCUGGAUUAGCUGUUUGUUUGUCCAGGUUUGAGCUGAUCCGAGUCCACCUGGUUCAUCAGUGAAGAUCGCUCUUAAAUACAGGUGAGCGUCCCUACCCCAGGCAUGGCAGACGGUCAGGAGCACUGGACCUCCAACGGUCAGGAGAACGGAGAGAACGGAUACUCCUCCUACAGCGCCUCCUACAGGGAGAAUGGUUACCACGCAGGAGGAGGGGCCACGGGAGCACCCACAGUGGACGAGUCGGCCAACCUGCCUCCCUCCCCUCCCCCCUCCCCGUCGGCCGAGCAGAUCGGGGCCGCUGCACCAGCAGAGAAGGCUGGGGUUAGCUUCUCUGAGGACGUAGCUCAUAUAGAGACCCCCUCUCCCCAUGAAGAAGACCCAUGUGAUCAGUCAGAGCCGGGGGGGCCCACAGUUUCACAGCCCCCCCAGGCGCUAAACGGAGGAGAUCAUCCAGGUCCACAUACCCCAUCACAGACAGGUAUGGAGAGCCAUCAACCUCUCAGUGUGGCCCACCAGUCCAGGGAGAGGACAACGGAGAGAACGUACCGGAGUCCAGAGAAGAAGUCUUCCCUCCCGAGGCCCGCCAAGUCCCUGACCCGCCACAUCCCUGCGGCAGAACAGGACGACAGUGCCCCCACCAGGCCAACCUCCCUCCGCACAGACCACAGAGGGGGCAGCCGCUCCAGCAGAGGGCCUAGUGGCACAGGCACAGAGUCCAGCCGGUCCCGGUCGGCCCGCAGCGGCACCUCCACGCCCACCGCCGUAACCCCGGGGACCCCUCCAAACUACUCCUGCCGCACCCCGGGCUCCCGCACCCCCGGCUCCCACACGCCCAAGUCCUUCUCUGUGCUCCAGGAGAAGAAAGUGGCAGUUAUCCGGACACCCCCCAAGUCCCCGUCCUCUGCCCAGAGACAGCUCAAAGUCAUCAACCAGCCCCUCCCCGAUGUCAAGAACGUCAAGUCCAAGAUCGGAUCCACGGCUAACCUUAAGCACCAGCCCAAAGGAGGACAGGUGAUGAUCCCCAGUGUUAAACUGGACUUCAGCCACGUCCAGGCCAAGUGUGGCUCUCUGGACAAAGUGCACCACCACGCAGGAGGAGGCAAUAUUCAAAUUCAGACCAAGAAGAUUGAUUUAAGUCACGUGACCUCCAAAUGUGGAUCUAUGUCAAAUAUUCAUCAUAAACCAGGCGGAGGACAAGUGAAGAUUGACAAUGUGAAGCUGGACUUUAAAGACAAGGCCCUGCCCAAAGUGGGCUCUCUGGACAACGCUAGCCACACCCCAGGAGGAGGCAACGUCAUGAUCGAGAACCACAAGCUGAUGUUCCGGGAGACGGCCAAAGCGCGCGUGGACCAUGGAGCAGAGAUCAUCAGCCUGGACACGGGCGGCACCUCCCCCAGGCUCUCCUCCGCCGGCAGCAUCAACCUCAUGGAGUCCCCCCAACUGUCCACGCUGGCCCAGGACGUCACCGCCGCACUGGCCAAACAGGGCUUAUGAAUGCCACAUUGCGGGAUAUUACAUGCCACACUGCAAAAAUCAACAUCUGCAUCAGUUAUGAAUUGUUUUAGACUAUUUGUUCAGAUUUGAGUUUGGCAAUAUUGGCUCGAUUUUUGAUUUUUGAUUUUUUGCCACGUUCAGAAGAAAAUUGUAUUACCUUUUAGUGUUUAGGUGAUUUUUUUUUAUUUUUCACAGCAAAAUUCAUAAUUUAUUGGCAGAUAAUUUUGACUUAUAAAAGUCAAUAUAUAUAUCUACUUAAAGUGUAUAAUUAAACAUUGAGUCUAAAAUAAAUGCAUUGUAUCAUAUUUUUCUCUAUUUAAUUAUUUUAUGUUGAUCCAAAGUAAUUAUUUGGAUUUUUUAAAGUACUACUUUAAUAUGUAUACAUUCAACUAACAUAAAAUAUUUAUAUGGAAAAAAAUAUGACUUAGUAUAUUUAUUCGUGCACAUUGAACACAAAAUAUUAAACGAAAUAGGAAUUGAAAAAAAAACCUUAUUGAAUCAAGUCAAAUAAUCUAGUUGAAACUAUUUGGCAUAAUUAUUUUGAAUUUGAGUCAUUUUAGCUAAUGCAGAUAUUCCUUUUUGCAGUGCACCGUUCUUCAUAGCUAGCCCAGUGUUCAAAUCUGAAUUGUCCCAAACUUGCCCUGAGCUGAUCUGUCCGGCCUGGAUUUUGAAAAAUGGACUAAAAGGGAAUUUGUUGGACUUUGUUUUUCUAGAAGGUUCCUUGAUGAGGUUUUAUGAUUGUACUAUUAUUUUAAAAUUGAAAAAAAGCAUUCCAUGGUACAGAAUUUAUUUUAAAGGUCCUAUAUUCUGCUAAGCUAACUUUUUCACCAUGUCAUAAUGCUGUUUCCUCUUCAAAAACAUACCGGGAGUUGUUGGAGUUUAAUUCGCUGGUGUUUUCUUGCCAAUUUAACACUUGCUUCCAGUUUGUGAUGUCAUAAGGUGUUGAUCCUCUGUGUUUUUAAAGUUCACACACCUUCACCAGACACAUUUGUAAAGGCACUGUACCUGAUUUUUAUAAGCGCUCGUCAAAACGGCCAGAGCAGAGUUUUGCUGUCACAAUAACUAGCAUGCUAACAGCAAAAUUGCUAGUUUGUGACGAAUAAAAACGCAGAGAUCCCCAAUUUAUCAGUACUGGGGCUAGACAAAUGUUACUCUGUUACAUCAAAAUAACUAGGUACAGCUCCUUCAGUGCUCAAAUUGCCUUCACAACUCAGCUAGCCAACUUUAGAAUUAGCUGCUGCUAAUUUUGCCAAAAAACAACUUUCCUCCCAAUUUCAAAAUGUACUGCUAAAACUUGUAUAAUGCAUAAUAUGGGACCUUUAACUAUAUGGACUACGGGAAAAAUGGCUGACUUUUUGCGCAUGUUUGGCUAAUUUCAAGUCAAAACAUUCAUUUGUUCUUAUGUGCUCUUGAACGAUCAAAUUUUGUUCUCUUUUUUGAAUAUUGUCGUAGAAUUUUGUUGGUUACUGCACUGGAUUCUUAGCACUACAAAGUUCACUCGUUGCUAGCUUUGGGUAGUGUAUAACUUUCAUUUCCGGCAAAAAGACAAAAAACAAAAUGGUUACUCGUUUUUACAUUGCUUUCCUCUAGGCUUGGACUAUGCUGCAUCGCUGGCAUGGCAUUCAAAAUGGCCGCCGCCGCUGUGCAUUUUAGUGUGUCGAGUUGUGGUUGUUGUCCCAAAUGCUGGUACUGUUUGGUAAAAAAAAAAAAAAUGUUGGUAAAAUGAAGAUUACGAAGCUUUAUUUCUAUGUGUGGAUGUGGCGUGGAGAAGAGGGGAAAAAACUACAACUGUUAGCGACUCAUAUGGUGGUAAAACUACAAAAAUGUCUGCUCCAUUGUGCUACUCAAUCUCAACCUUUUCACCUUUGACCUUUGCUCUCAGAAGAUACCCAAGUGUUUUUAUGUAUACGUUCCGAUCUUGUCCUGCUCUGCUCCUCUCUCCUCUUCUCUCUCUCGUCUUCCUCCUCUUUCUCUUUCUCCUUUUCAGCCUGUUUCACCAUCUCUUCCCUCUCUCCCCUUCUCCCUUUUUCCUCAAUUCUCUUUCUCCUACCCACUGCAUUUCCCCUUUCUCUUCCUCUUCUUUCUCCGCCUCUCUCCUGCCUCUCCUCUUCCAUGUCUUCUCUCCCCUUCUCUCUUUCUCUCUCACACACACUUUUCCUCUCUCCAUCUCUCUCUCUUCUUCUCCUCCCUCUACACCUUCUCUUUCUCCUUCCUCGUUCACUCUCCCUCUCGCUCCUCCUGCUCUUCCUCUUCUCUGACCACUCUCUUUUUCAGCCUCCCUCUCAGUCUUUUAUCACCCUUCUCUCCCUUCUUCCUCUUCCCUCUACUCCAUCUCUUUCACU